AUGGAGCCGCUACAUCCAGGCGGACGUUCCAUGCUGUUCAUAUUUUCGUUUCUAUGUGCUUUAUUUGUCGACGUCUUUGCCAAAGAACGAGAAAAUCGCGUAAAAACGACCAACGAUGCGGAGCUUUUUAGCCUUCAUCAAGCCUUGUGGGUGUUCGACUUUGCUGCAGCAGCAUAUGGUCAAGAUCCGAAUCUAUGCUUGGUAAAACAUAAUGCUUCGCUAGUCUACAGAUUAACGUUACCGUGCGACUAUUCGAAAGAUGAGUGCUGGGGUUAUGUGGCAAUGCGUGACGGCUGGAUUAUCGUCGCUUUUCGAGGAACACGCACAAAGGUGCAACUAAUCACCGAAUUAAUUGAAAGUAUGAGUGAACCGAAGAAAAAGAUUCGCGCUGGCGGUGCAGUUCAGCAUUACUUUUACAUUGCUUUAAAUGCUGUGUGGAGACAAAUGCACGUUGUGCUUAGGAAAUUACAUGCUACAUAUCCGGACUACCAGAUAAUGUUCACAGGUCAUUCUCUAGGUGGCGCACUAGCCAGUUUGGCUUCGACAGUCUUUGCUCAUCGACAUCCUGCUUUGCAAAGCAAGAUUCAUCUGAUUACAUAUGGUCAGCCAAGAGUAGGCAACUUCGAUUAUGCUCAAGCUCACAGCAGGUUGGUGCCAAAAAGUUGGAGGAUUGUGCACAAAUAUGACCUGGUGGCUCAUCUUCCAUUGUGCGCAUUUCGCCUACUCUCAAGAUCAUGUACUUCAUUACAUAAUCAUUCACCUUACCAUCAUGGCACAGAAGUCUGGUUUCCAUCAAACAUGACGGCAAACUCGAUGUACAGAAUAUGUGAAGGCAUGCCAAUAUUUGAGGAUGAUGACUGCAGCAAUGGAUACUAUCUCCACUACGGUGUUAGAGAUCAUGUGCGAUAUUUUGAACAUGAAGUUAGCGAAUAUGGUUCAAAUGGUUGUGUUGAUUCGCCAGAUCCACCUUCUCAACAAUUGAAUACUCUUCGGUGACAUUGAAUAAAUAACUAAAUUAUUGCCAUG